AUGAAAUGUGAACCACCUACAGAGUUCUUGUUGUUGUUUGGCAUGAGUCUCAACUUCAUUCCGUGGUUACCAUGCAGCUACAUGAAUAUAAUACCUCGAUGCAUCGAUUGGGCAGGCAAGUACCCGGUGUACGAAGGUAUCGAACAAACGUACGAAGCCGUGCAAACAUACUUCGCAGGAAACCCUCUAGAAGGAGAAAUCAUCACCAUCGAAACAGUGCCUCUAAAAUUAGCGUACCACGUGUCUGGAAAGAAGCCGGAAGUUGACCCAAACGUGACCUACUUUCUUGACCUAUAUCGGAGACACAUCUUGUAUAUCACCAGGAUCUACUUCCGCUAUGGAAGACCGAAACACGAGUGGAUAGGUGAGUGA